AUGAACGUGUACAGUACGAGAGCCCACGUGCGUGUUCUUCUCUUUGCCUCAUCUCUCUGCAUGUCAUGGCCAUGGCGCUACUGUAAAUGCGUUUACUUCGUACCAGUAAAGUACCUGGUAGAUUUGGUGGAGAAUCAGGGUACGCGGUAUGAACAGGGCGGCUAUGGCAAGCCCGGAAUAUUACCGGCACGCCUGGUGCGAGCCACUCAGAUGCCUUGUGCUGAAUACCUAGGUGUACCUAUCUACGAGUGA